CGAUGAGAGUUCUGCAGACGUCUGGUACAGUUGAUUUUUGCGCGAAGUCACAGUCAUUAUUGGCGGUCUGUCUGGAGGGACGAAAAGUUGGCAGUGAAACGCAGCUGCAACAUUAAAACUUCGACGGAACAUUUCUGCUGAAAUGGAGAGCAGUGACGAGAUCCAGGUAAAGAUGCUGAACAAGCGUUCUUCUGGUCAAGCGUUUGAGGUCAUCCUCAGCCCCACAUCCCCAGAAGACAAGAAGCAGUUUAACAUGUCUCCUACCACCAAAAAAGGUCCUCUGUCCCCUUUAACCAAAAAGGAACCCUCACUGGAUGAGAUUAAUCGGAAAAUGGAUGCUGUAGAAGAGAGACGCAAGCGUAUCGAGGCCGAACAGCGCAAAUGCAUAGCUGAAGAGCGAAAACAUGAGAAGGAAGUCAUCCAGAAGGGCAUCGAGAUGAACAAAAACUUCAUGCAGAUGUCGCUUGAAAAAGUCAACCAGAAGAUGGAGACGAACAAAGAGAAGCGCACGGCGCAGGUGGAAGCUCAGAAUGAGAAAUUCAAAGAGAAGAGCAAGAAGCUUGAGGAAGUGAGGAAGAACAGGAAGGUGGUAAAUGAGGAGGAACUGAUUCGUUAAUCGCCGCCGCCAAAGAUAUGCUGUAUUCUUCUUUCCUUCUUGACACAGUGUUUGCUGUGUAAAAUCUGAAUAUAUUUUUGAAUCACCGUUGAUAAUCAUGUUACAUUUGUUGUAGUUAUAGUUUGACAUUUAUUCUCUUCUGGAUUUGUCUUUGGCAGCUGACACUUUGUGGUUAUGGAAUUUCAUUCGUGGGUUUUUUUUUUUUUUUGCUGGAGGGUUCAUUAAAGGCUGUGCUCCGAUUUGAA